GUGUAUCAUCAUAGGGAUUAUUUUGCAGCUGGCACAAGCUCGAGUUUCGCCUCCCUGGGUGACGUCAACCUGAUUAGAAAAUGUGCUGGUCAUUCUGGCUGUUAGGUGUCAUCUCCGCAGCUUUCUUCACUCUGCAAUGCAGUGCUGACAACAAACAUUGUCCAGUAACCAGUGAUGACGCCUAUGUCUACACCUUAACCAUCCCCAAAAGCCAAGAACUGUGCAAACUACAGGAACAGAUGGAGUCCUUGCUGGAACAAAUGAACCUGCUGUCGGAGAAAGUGAGCAACCUGCAGGGAGAAGGCGGGACAAGCAGUGUCGCCACCUGCAGGAAACCACUGGUCUCGGGCGCCAAUGGGAUAUCAGACAGUCAAAUAACAGCAUCUACGGAAUAUAACACAGCUCACGGUCCACGACUUGUGCGUCUUAACAACACUGGCACGCCAUGGUGUGCUCGUGUCAUGGACUCCAACCAAUGGAUUCAAUUUGAUUUUGGGAGGCCCCAAAUAAUAACAGCAAUUGCCACUGGUGGACGCAUGAAUUUUCCACACUGGGUCAAGAGCUACAAGAUAAAGUAUGGGAAUCUCACCAAUGCUCUGAGCCAAUUCCAGUUCAUUUCUCAGGAUGUGGUUUUCACAGGCAAUGAUGACCAAACCACAGUUGUGAUCAACACUCUGCCGCAUCCCAUUACAGCUAGCUACCUGCGCAUCUAUCCAGUGGACUACCACGCCCAUAUUUGUAUGCGUGCUGAGGUCUUUGGUUGUUAAAGAAAUUGCCAACAUCUUGGCUUUUUGAAGAGAGCUUUAUGGGAUAAAUUUUAAAAUAAUAAAGAUGCACAAAACAG